UCGGUGUCACUUCAAAAUAUUUUCUCGGGCAGCGUUUUAUGCCGCAGAUAUGUAAAUUUGUAUAAAUGUUCAUUAAUUGUAGCUUAUGAAAACAAAGCAUAAGUAUUUUAAAAACAUAAACAUUGUGAAUAGUGUUUUAACAUCAUAAAGUAACUUAAAGGUACAAAAUUGUUUAAAACUCGUACUUGUCAACUUAUCAAGUACAAGCUGUACAAUGGCUAUGGCUAUGAGAAAACGUAGCGGUUCUGGCUCUAAAAGGCACUUGAAAGAGAAGGUGGUACAGAUAUACGAAUCGUUCUUCAGAGGAGAAGACCUGACGAGCGAUAAUCCAACUUUUUGGGAUGAAUUCUUCCUUUUGAAGCCGAAAAUUCCGCAGCUGGAAGCCGAGAUAAACAAACUAUCGGUGGAGCAGCUGCUCAAUAUGAAGGACAACAUGAACCUGCUUGUGGCUCAGUGUAUUGAAAUGUUGGGUCAAGAGCACCAUAUAAGGUUAGUGUAUGCACUUCAGACACUAAGUGCUCUUUUGAUGACCAUGUACCAGCGGCUGGGCGCAGAGCCGAACAACGUGAAAACUAUUCUGAUUGGGUCAGAAAAUGCAGAUGCCAAGAUGCAAAAACUGCUGGAACAUUGUAGUUCAACACUGUCAGGCGAUGUCCCUGAAAGUUUGAAGUCUAUGGUUUUAAAGCUGCUGCUAAUAAUCGCGACAGGCAUAGACAACAUAGAUGACAACCCUCUGGUGGAGUAUGUGAUGACAAAUUCAUUAUUUGAGCCUCUGAUGCAGUUAUUGUGCACUUCUACUGAGAGGCAACAACAUGGAUACGAUGUGGUAAUGCUACUCAUGUUUUUGGUGAGCUACAAAAAGCAGGAGUCUACUAAUCCCUAUGUAGUCAAGCUGUCAAUACUUGAUGAUGAACUGGCACUAAAUGGCUACGGCCAAGUAAUAACGGCAGCGCUGAACGAUUUCGUAAUGUCUGUGUUCGGCGGCAUGCAGGGCAAUACAGGCGGCGGAUGGCUUUCUUCCCUUACCAGUAUGGUGGGCGGGAUAUUCCUCACCAGUGACGACACUCAGCCGGUCGUGAGGGGACAAAGAAAUAGCGGCGGCGAAGAAGGCAUGCUGCUCGCCCUCUACGAAGCGGCGCACCUGAACCGCAACUUCAUGACGACGCUCGCGCACUCGUCCGCCGCCGCCUCCGCGCCGCCCUCACCCCCGGCCACUCUACCUCCGCAACAGAGUCCACCUAAUCCGGCCCAAAUCCAGGCGCUAGAUAACGAGCAGCCGACAAACCUGCUCGUCACUUUCUUCCAAUAUUGUUCAAUAGUGAUGGCGGACACGAAGACUGAGAGUAGCGUCAACAAAUGCAGUCUUUGCUUCAUCACGCUCACUUGCAUCGUCGAGGAACAGUUCGCUAACUCCAUCAUGCACGACCAGAAUCUUACUUUUAAGGUACAAUUAUAUAGACUGCCUAUGCGUCAUAGAAAAAUAGUUCCAGAGGAGCCACCGUCCCAACCACUAGCUUCUACUUUAAUAGAUCUUCUUGUAGAAUUCAUGAUGUGCCACCUAUUAAAGAAGUUCCCCGGGGAACUCUACGAGCUCUGCGUCGGUGUGCUACUGCGGCUACUUAGCUACCAAAAGCGGUGUCGAGUCCGCUUAGCGAGAGACUGGAGGCCUCUAUGGGCGGCCCUAAUAGCGCUCUUGAAGUUCCUAGUGACCAACGAGAGCACGCUGCUAAGGAGACACAAUAUCUUCAUCAUGGCACAACAAGUGGUGAACAUCUUCAACCUGUUCAUCACAUUCGGCGACACAUUCCUGCCAACGCCAGCUUCCUACGAUCAACUAUACUACGAGCUUAUUAGGAUGCACCAAGUUUUCGACAACCUGUUUUUCAUGGCACUUCGCUACUCGACCGGCGACGGCGAGUUCAAGGCGGAAGCCCUACGGCUGGCCAACUGUCUAGUGAACGUCCGCGCCAUCAUACAACACUUCUCGCCCAAGAUCGAGUCCUGGCUCAACUCGCAGAGCCUGUCCACGCCCACGGAGGACCAGAUCCUAGAGGUAGUCCGCAAGAACUACGACAGCCUAAUCCUCAAACUGCAAGAGGGGUUGGAGUGCUACACGCGCUACUGCGAGCGGUCGCACCGCGCGCUGCUCGCGCGCCUGCUGCCCGUCGCGGCCGCGCACGCGCGACACUCCAGCGACGCCGCGCAGCUGCACCGGCACACUGCCGCGGCGCUAGUGCACUACACCGCUAUACAGUGAAACUCAACUAUAGCAAAGAGAAUUUAUAUAGAGGCGAAUUGUUCAAUUAAAUUUUGUAGUCACAGUAAAUUUACUGCCAUCUUUCGAUUGAUGAUUAAAAUUUUUAGAACGCCAUUUGACUUUUAUCCUUAUUUUCACUGAUAUGUUGUAAAUUUUUUAAAUAUCAAAUGACAUCGCUAGACGACGCCGAGGAUCGCGCAAAGUGGAGGAAAGCAAGUAGGAAAACGGACCCUGGCAAAGGCCGGGAUAACGACGGGGGAACGGGGUAGAAGAUCAAAUGGCAUCGCCAUCUACUCGAGUAUAGGAUCAAAGUCAAAUGGUGUUUUAAAAGUGUCGAAAGAUGGUAGUAAAUUUGCUGUGACUAUAAAAUUUACUAUUACAGUAACUCUCUAUACACUAUAUUCUCUUUGCCUAUAGGUACUAACUUAUUAUAAUACAUAACAAGAAAGGAAAGAGUUAUAAUAUAUUCUUCGAAUCACUGCAGCGAAUCCAAGCAGUGUGCGAGCGUGAUGCGCCUAGUGCAGAUAACGCCGGCGCCGCGCUCGCGGCCCGCUGUGGUGGGACGUCGGACGAAGCCUUAAUAUGCGUCAGAAUCUUGUGAAUACGCCUUAAGACUUCCUAAAGGCACCUAUGGCGCUUGAAGAACUUUUAAUUUAAAUUUGUUAUAGUUCAGAUGACGUUUUUAAAUAUCCGGGACGUCCAUAUAAAACAGGCACCUAGACGAAAUGAUCACUAUUAUAUUGUAGCUCGUACUGCCUAAUGAAUAUUACUUUGAUAUUUAUUGAGCCGGGUGAGUCUAAUAAUUUCGGUAACCAGCCAACAACCAGAAAUGUGAUAUAUCCUCACUAUUUUACUUUAUCUGUAUGAGUAGGCACAGUUUUUCAUGCGAAAAAAUAAGCCCCAAAUUUUAUCUGGCGUGAUAAUCGGGCUUUGGAUUGUUAUUUCCAUCCUAGCAAGUUCCAUUUCGUAAAUUGAAGCAAUAUAAAGAGAUUAAACCAAAGUGUAAUCUUGUUUAAAUAUCCAGAGUUUAUUAUAUACUAUACAAAUGUAUUGUAAAGGAACUAUUUUUAUAAUAAUCUUAAGCAAUAGUAUACUUAAAAGAAUAUGAUGUCCCGAUAACUUUUUUCGAAUUUUAAACUCUUUUAAAAGUUUCAACGCAUCUUAUAAGUGUGAUGGGCGUACUACGGGUUAAUUAUAGCUUAUAUAGUAAUAUCUUGAUUGGUGGUAUAAUUAUGAAUUGGCCGCCAUAUAUGUCGGAAUAACCUCAAAUUUGUUAUUCAGUACCUAUAUGAGUGAAUUAAUUUGUUGUUUAAAUUAUAAUUAAGACUGAAUGUAUGCUAAAGCAAAAUAUUUCACUAGGACGAAAUAUUGUGUGCGUCACUAAGUAUUUACACUUAUUUUAUCUUUAUAUUUCAUUUAUAACAUUUUCAACAAGUAUUUAGAAUAUGUUGAUCCUACAACCCUAUUUGCAUUUGCUAUAAUAAGAAUUUAUGUAUGGUGGCAAUAAGAGCCGUAUUACUGAAACGUUACCUUAUCCAAGUGUAUCUUAUUAUAUUAUUGUAUAGGUUGUACUAAUAUUGAUUAUACAUAAUACAUUAUUUUA